UGACAUCACAGUCACUUAUCAGAGAGACCUCCAGUAGGGAAGAUACGUCAUCGUUUUUGCACUAGAAGUUUAAAGGGAGUGAAACAUUUUCUUAACAGACGAUAUUUGUCGCGCAAGUAUAAAAGCCAUUUGCUAUUAAAUCUCAUUCUAAUUCAUCUCUCUUGUAAAAACCUUUCUUACUCAUUAGUGGUGGUUCAGUUUUCUGAUUGUUGCUGGACUACUUUUCAUUCUUUUGUUGCUUUCUACAAGGCUCAACAAUGUCUGAUGAUGAUUACUCACCGCCACCCUCAGCCCCCAAGGCAGAAGCAAAGCCAAAAUGCAAGAUUUCAGCCUCACGCAAGCUAUCAUUGAAGAUCCUCCUGCUUGCUCGUGCAACAGAGGAGCUGGAGGCAGAGACGGCCGCAAGAGAGGAAGAGAAGGUUCGCUAUCUGGGAGACAAGCUUCCACCCCUGCAGCUCACUGGCUUAAAAAUGGAUGAAUUGCAUCUACUUUGUAAGGAGAUGCAUUCACAGAUUGAUUCGGUGGAUGAGGAGCGUUACGACUUUGAAGCCAAAGUCAUCAAGAACUACAGAGAUAUCAAUGAACUGAAUUUAAAAGUGCAGGACCUUGGUGGGAAGUUCAAGAAGCCAGCUCUGAGGAAAGUGAGGGUGUCUGCAGAUGAGAUGAUGAGAGCUCUCUUUGGCUCCAGAACUAAAGAAUCCAUGGACCUGAGGUCAAAUCUCAAGUCUGUGAAGAAAGAGGAUAUCAAACAAGAGAAGGAGCUGAACAUGGAGGUGGGUGACUGGCGUAAGAAUGUGGAGGCCAUGUCUGAUAUGAAGGGCAGGAAAAAGAUGUUCGAUGCAUGAGGUUAGAAAAUGAAGUUGCCUAAGUGGAGUAAAACUGUAUAAGACAAAUGAAAAAUGAAAAAAAGAAGAUAAUGAAAAACAUGUCAAAGAAAAAAACAGCUCUUAGACUUGGCUUGAUGAAUCUUGGUAUUAAUAUAGAGUUUAGUGACACAGAAGAUUUGCCUCACAACAGCUGUUCUGACUGAAAUAUAGUAUUUGUUAUGUUUUUUCUUUCCUGCGUCUGAAAGCUGCUGUAACUUUGCCAGUGGUGUAAUGAUACACAUAACUUUCAAGUCACUGUAGUUUUUAAUCUGUUAUCAAGUUUGUUUAAAGCAUUAUGGAUACACAGUAUAUUACUGCCUGGUAAUGCUGAAUAAAUUAAAAUUUGUACAUAAAUGUUA